AUGGUGAUGACGAAGAUGAACAAGAUGACCACCUCUCAAAAAUGGCCUACCAUAUCCAUGAUGAAGAAUUCCGUCUCUGAAUCUUUUAGACGCAACCCUACAAACCUCAAACAUAUAAUACCACUCGAUUUUAAUAAUGUCAGCAAUUUACCCGAUUCCCAUACCUGGAAUUCGUCCCCACAUGAACGGCGCGUAAUAUUGGAUUUUACCCAAGAACCCGUGCCGGUGAUAAACCUCGAGCACCCGCAGGCGCCAGAGCUCAUACGACGUGCCUGUGAGGAGUGGGGUGUGUUCCACCUCAUCAACCAUGGCAUCCCAAUCACCCUCCUAAACGAAAUGGAGAAGCAGACAAGGAGGCUGUUCGCGUUGCCGACGAAACACAAGUUGCUGGCUGUCCGAUCCCCGGAUGGCUUAACCGGAUACGGACUGGCCCGCAUAUCAGCAUUCUUCCAGAAGCUAAUGUGGUCAGAGGGGUUCACCAUAAUAGGGUCGCCAGAGCAACAUGCCAGCAAACUUUGGCCGCAUGAUCACACCCAUUUCUGCAGUAUAAUGGAAGAGUACCAGAAGUUGAUGAAGGGACUAAGCCAGAAAAUAAUAAGGUUGAUGCUUAUGUCACUGGGCCUCACUAACCGUGAUCUAAAGUGGUUCAAGCCCAAAACCAGAUCCGCUCUUCAAGCUCAAUCUGCCCUCCAACUCAACUCCUACCCGGUCUGUCCGGAUCCGGAUGAGGCCAUGGGUCUGGCUCCGCACACCGACUCAUCACUCCUCACUUUGCUCUACCAAGGCAACAUCAACGGCCUCCAAGUUCUCAAGGAAAAUCUCGGGUGGGUCCCGGUCGAACCCGUCUCCGAUUCGCUCGUUGUUAACGUCGGCGACCUCAUGCAUAUCACCACCAACGCCCUCUUCAAAAACGUCCUGCAUCGUGCGGCCGUGAACAAGACACGUCACCGCAUCUCGGUCGCCUACUUCUACAACCCGCCAAAGAACACGAAGAUCUCACCGUUGACCAAGUUGACGGACGUUGACCAUCCUCCACUUUAUCGAGCGGUGACAUGGGAGGAGUACCUGGACGCUAAAGCGACGCAUUUUAACAAAGCCCUUGACUGGAUCCGCUGCGAGGAACAUACUGCAGCCAACAGAUGUAAAUAA